CCUAUAAACAAUAAAAACAUUCACUAGUAUUCGAUGGCAUUUCUAUGAAAUUGCUUAUAGAUAAACAAAAAUUGUUGAUUGGCGUAUUUUUAUAUUAUCUUUCUAUUAAAUUUUCAGGUUUAUUAUAAUUUUUUUUUCUUGAAUAUUCGCAAGGUGCCAGCACAAUACAAUUGCAAUAAGCGAAUGUAUCUAAGAUGUUUGGUAUCACUGACAGAAUUUGGAGGUUGUUUUAAAUAAUAUUUUGAAGAAAUAUUUAUAAAACUUUAAAUUCCAUUUAUAUACGUAUAUAUGUGUAUACAAAUAUUAGUAUAUAUGUAUUGAUAUAACUGUACUAAUAAAAUGACAACGGAAAAAGAUUUGGUAAAUGCGUCAUUUUUCUAUAGCGGUAAGAGAAUCUUUGGAAGCUGGUGGAGAGCUUGGUCGUAUAAGAGCUGAAAUGCGAACUGAAGUUUUCAAAUUAUUAAAUAGUUCUAAUUCGGAAAGUAAAAUACAAAAUUCCAAACAAUCAUCUGAUAUUAUUAUCUUCAAUGAGCUUGUUCGCGAAUAUUUAAAUUGGAUGGGAUUUAAGUACAGUUCAACUGUGUUUGUUGCAGAAUGCGAUCUUUCAAAACAUCCUUAUGAUCGAACAUUACUAGCACAAGUUUUGGGAAUAAAAGAAACUGAUACAAGUAAAAAAUUGCCCUUGCUUUGUGGCAUAAUAGAUUCAUUAAAGCAUAUGAAAAAUACAUAAAAACAACAAUAUAUAUAUGUAUCAAUAAAGUUUACUUAAUAAGUAUAUAUAUUCUUGUAUUGCAACUUCUAUAUGAAUCAGAUAUUAAUAUCUGUCAAUAAUUUAUGAUAUAAAUUAUGAUAAUGCCAUUCAUUUUGUAUACAUUUAAAAUUUAGAUUCAAAAUGAUACAUUGAAUAUUGUAUUAAUCGAAAUAAAUAAUAUUGAUAAAGGUCGAAAUACUUAUAUAAUUUUAGUUAUUUUUCGUAUUUAUAAAAACUGCAACAUUAUGCUUACUUCAUAAAUUGUAUUUAUUUACUUUUUAAAUUGUAUUUUGUUGUACUGAUUAAUUUUCUAUUUGUAAUUGUAUUAAUGUAAUAUUCUAAUGAGUACAUAAGUUGUAGAUUUUUUACAUUAGAAUUAGAUUAAAGUAUACAUGAAAAACUAGGUUUUAAUGUAUAAAUAA